AUGGACGGGCAGGUGCUGCACUCACUAACGAAGGAGCGCCUUGCGCUGGUCAAGACCUUGGGACCUUUUGUUGAGAGCGAGGUCUAUCCGCUACUGAAGGAGACCUCAAAGUGCUGGCAGCCCACAGACUUCCUGCCGUCCUCUGAGGACCCCUACUUUAUGGACCAGGUGCGGGAGCUGCGCAAGCGCUCUGCAGCCCUGCCCGAUGACUACCUCAUUUCCUUUGUGGGUGACAUGAUCACGGAGGAGGCCCUGCCCACCUACAUGGCCAUGCUCAACACCCUGGACGGUGUGCGGGACGAGACGGGUGCCUCGCCGACGCCCUGGGGCAAGUGGACGCGUGAAUGGACGGCGGAGGAGAACCGCCACGGUGACGUCAUGAACAAGUACAUGUACCUCACUGGCAGGGUCAACAUGAAGUCGAUUGAGGUGACCAUCCAGAACCUCAUUGGGAGCGGCAUGGACCCCAAGACUGAGAACAACCCCUACCUCGGCUUUGUGUACACCAGCUUCCAGGAGCGCGCCACCAAGGUCAGCCACGGGAACACGGCGCGCCACGCCCUUGAGCACGGCGAUGAGCUGCUUGCCAAGUUGUGCGGCAGCAUUGCGUCUGACGAGGGCCGCCACGAGAUCGCCUACCAGCGCAUCGUGGAGAAGCUCUACGAGAAGGACCCCGACGGCGCGGUCCUGGCCUUUGCCGACAUGAUGCGCAAGCAGAUCGUGAUGCCCGCCCACCUCAUGGACGACGGGGAGCACGCGGCUAAGAACAACGGCCGCAACCUGUUCGCGGACUUCUCUGCCGUCGCGGAGCGCUCGGGCGUGUACACUCCCAUGGACUACGCUGACAUCAUGGAGUUCCUCAUCAAGAAGUGGAAGGUUGCGGACCGCAGCCACGAGAGCGGUGACGCGGCCGAGGCCCAGGAGUACCUGGUGAAGCUGCCCGACCGCAUCCGGAAGCUGGCCGAGCGCACCGCCGCACGCAGGACCAAGGCCAAGCCCCUUGAGGCUAGCUUCAGCUGGAUCUUUGACCGCCCGUUGACCAUUUAA